AUGUCGCUUGCUUGGGACUUGAAGCAGGUUCUUUGGAGAUUUGAAGGCAAGAAACCAGAUACCUUAGGAUCCAACACUCGCUUGUACAAGUGGCUUCCUCAGAAUGACCUACUUGGUCAUCCAAAAACAAGAGCUUUUGUCACUCAUGGUGGAGCCAACGGUGUUUACGAGGCGAUCUACCAUGGGAUCCCUAUGGUGGGCAUUCCUUUGUUUGGGGAACAGCAUGAUAACAUUGCUUAUAUGACGGAUAAAGGAGCAGCUGUUAAUGUAAAUUUCUUGACAAUAUCAAGCACAGAACUGCUAAAUGCAUUGAAGAUGGUCCUUAACAGUCCCUCCUAUAAGGAGAAUGCUAUGUGGUUGUCAACCAUUCACCACGAUCAACCCAUGAAGCCCCUGGACCGAGCAGCCUUCUGGAUCGAGUUUGUCAUGCGUCACAAAGGAGCCAAGCACCUGAGGCCACUUGCCCAGAACCUCACCUGGUACCAGUACCACUCACUGGAUGUGAUUGGGUUCCUACUGGCUGGUGUGGUGACCAUUACUCUACUUGUCAUAAAAUGUUGCUUUAUUAUUUCUCAGAAGUUUUUGAAGAUGAAAAGGAAGAAAAAGAGGGAGUAGAGCUCCUUCUGAUGAAAUGCAUUGCAAAUGAGACCACCUCGUUUUACACAAGCACCAUGGAUAAAAUCAUUACAAGUUCAAUCUCUAUGUUAACAACACAAUUGCCUUCUUGUUUACCUAUAUACUGUAAUCCUGUGUAAGGAAUGUGCAAUUCUAAUUUCAGAGUUCCUAUAAUAAUUCUACUUUAGUACUCACAUGUAUUUAUCAUAAAUCUUAAAAUAAUGAAAGUCCCUGAAAUCUGUUGGUUUGAGAAAAGUGGGAAGCUGAAGACUUUAUUACACUUUCAGAAACAUUUGGAUUAUCUGUAGGUACAUAAUGAACAACAUAGGGCAUAUACAAGGCAUGGUAAAUUUAGAGAAUUUCAAAGCACAUUGUUAAGGCACAUAUUUUAUCCUGUAAUAAAGUUAACAGUGAACAUCAUUUAAAUACCAAAUAUAGCCUAUGCAAUUUUUACUCAUUUCCCAAUGUUUUGUUUAUCCUAACCAGCUUUGUUCCAAAACAUUUGUAAGAUGAUGAUGUAUUUGCAUCAAUGGAUGAAAGAAAUUUUCUGUAUCUGGCCUUGAAUAUUCUGUAAUCAUUACUUUUGUUUCAUUGUAAUAUCCUUUAUAUCUGGAGAGUAAGACAAAUAAUGGAGGAAAUGGGCAGGGCAUUUGGCUCAGUGUUUCUGCCACCUGCCUCACAAGCAUGAGGCCCUGAGUUUGACCCCCAAUACCAAAUAAACAACAAAAAAAAAAAAUGGAGGAAAUAUGUUCCUUUAGGUAGAAGUGUUAGCUGAGGCUGUAAGCAUUAGUUCUGUACCAUUAGAUUAUAAAAUUGCAUUUCCCUCCUCCUCCCAUCAGAUGCCUAAUUUCAAACCUUAUGUUUUAGUCAGAUGCUUCUACUACUUCAAGUCAUAAGAAACUUUAGACAUAAAACCAGGAAAUCAUUUUACUUUUGCAUUUACUCUCCUCUCAAACACAUAGUAAACAAA